AUGGCUGCACCUAACACCGCCACCACGUCAGCGGUGGAGUCCACCUCCGUUGCGGUGGCGUUAUCCUCGGAAGAACUGGCUGCCAAGGCGGUGCAUAAGAGAUAUGAGGGAUUGGUGACUGUACGGACCAGGGCGGUUAAGGGCAAAGGAGCUUGGUACUGGGCGUACUUUGAACCAAUUCUUGUGCACCAUUCAGAUACAGGCUUAGCUAAGGCGGUGAAGCUGCGGUGUUCCUUGUGCAACGCCGUUUUCUCGGCCUCUAACCCGUCGAGAACCGCCACCGAACAUCUCAAAAGAGGGACUUGCCCGAAUUUCGCUUCAGCUCCUAAGCCUAUUUCAUCUCUGCCUUCAUCUUCUUCAGUUUCGGUGGCUAGUAUGGGGCCAACCAUUAAUACUUCUUCUCCUCAGCAAUCCCACAGCCACCCCCGAAAGCGUAGUUCUUCUGGUGGUAGUCGUGGUGAGGGUGGAGGAGGAGGCGGUGGAGCUUCUGUUGGCAUUAUUACUACAUUAUCUCCUCACAAUGUUCCCCCAUUGGCCAUUGUUGAUCCUUCAAGAUAUGCAGUGGAGUUAGCAUACCCACCUGUAAAUUCAAUAGCCAGUACUAGUGUUGUUGUUGCAUCUGCUAGUGCAAGUCCUCGUGGCGGUGGCGGCAGUGGUGGUGUAUUGUAUGCUCAGCAACAACACCAAUUAGUAUUGUCAGGUGGUAAGGAAGAUUUGGGACCUCUAGCAAUGUUAGAGGAUAGUGUAAAGAGACUAAAAAGUCCCAAAGCAGAAUCUACUCCAGCAUUAAGCAAAUCCCAAGUUGAUGCUGCACUGGAUUAUCUUGCUGAUUGGGUUUAUGAGUGUUGUGGGUCAGUAUCAAUUUCAAGUCUUCAGCACCCUAAAUUCAAGGCAUUCCUCCACCAAGUUGGGUUGCCUUCAAUUUCUCGAAGAGAAUUCUUCGGGUCGAGAUUAGAUGCUAAGUAUGAGGGGCUAAAGGCUGAGUCCGAGGCCAAAAUUCGAGAUGCAAUGUUCUUUCAGAUAGCAUCUGAUGGUUGGAAGUUAAAGAAUGAUGGUCUUUUUGGGGACGACAAUUUUGUGAAUUUGACUGUGAAUCUUCCCCAUGGGACUAGCGUGUUUAGGAGGGCAGUUUUUACCAAUGGUUAUGUCACGUCUAAAUAUGCCGAAGAGGUUUUGUGGGAAACCGUUACUGAAAUUUGUGGAAGUUCAGUGCAGCAAUGUGUAGGCAUAGUUUCAGACAAGUUUAAGGCUAAGGCAUUAAGGAAUUUAGAGGAUCAGCAUCCUUGGAUGGUUAAUUUUUGCUGUCAGUACCAAGGUUUCAAUAGUCUGGUUAAGGAUUUCGGUAAAGAGCUCGCGUUAUUCAAGAAUGUGACUGAGAGGUGUUUGAAAUUGGCGAAUUUCGUUAACAAUAAGUCUCAAAUACGACAUAGUUUUCAUAAGUAUCAAUUGCAGGAAUAUGGGCAUGCUCAUUUGCUGAGAGUACCCUUGCGCAGUUAUGAAAGAUCAGAUUUCGGUCUAGUGUACACAAUGGUAGAAGACAUAUUGUGUUCUGCGCGGGCGCUUCAUUUAGUGUUCUUGGACGAAGUGAACAAGAGAAUGUUAAUGGACGAGCCAAUUGCUAGAGAAAUCGAAGAGACGAUGAGGAAUCCACAUUUUUGGAACGAACUAGAAGCAGUAAAUUCGUUAGUUAAAUUGGUGAAGGCAAUGGCUCAGGAGAUUGAGAUGGAGAAGCCGCGAGUUGGUCAAUGCCUUCCACUUUGGGAAGAGCUUAGGGUGAAAGUAAAGGAUUGGUGUUCUAAAUUUCACAUUGGUGAAGGACCCGUAGAGAAGGUGAUCAACAGGAGGUUCGAAAAGAAUUAUCAUCCAGCUUGGGCCGCUGCAUUCAUACUCGACCCGCUUUAUUUGAUUAGGGACAGUAGUAGGAAAUACUUACCACCCUUCAAAUUUUUGACACCCGAACAGGAAAAGGAUGUUGACAAGCUCAUAACCCGGCUUGUUUCUAGGGAGGAAGCACACAUUGCACUUAUGGAACUGAUGAAGUGGAGAACAGAAGGGCUCGACCCGGUCUAUGCUCAAGCUGUACAAUUAAAGCAUAGGGAUCCUGGUACCGGAAAGAUGAAGGUCGCCAAUCCCCAAAGCAGCAGGCUUGUAUGGGAAACGUACUUGACUGAGUUUAAAUCGUUAGGGAAAGUAGCGGUUAGGCUAAUUUUCCUUCACGCAACAUCGUGUGGUUUCAAAUGCAACUGGUCUUUACUCAGAUGGGCGAGUGCUCAUUCCCAUUCGAGGGUGGGCAUGGACAGGGUGCAAAAGUUGAUAUUCAUUGCUGCUCAUUCAAAAAUCGAUAGGCGGGAUUUACCCAAUGACGAAGAUAAGGAUGCUGAGCUCUUUGACUUGGAAAACGAAGCGUUUGAUGGGGACAUUGUGAGACCGGCAAGACCUCCAUAG